UCUCUUGAUUGCUUUUCUUUUGUUUGAUAUUUUCUUUUUUUUAAGUGUUUUCAUUUUCUUUUAUCAGAUCUGAUUGUGAUAUCACGAUUUGGUUUGAUCUAUUUUGAGCUUUUCAUUUUUUUUUGUUAAAUUUAAGCUUUUUUGUUUCUUAUUGCUUUCUAUCCAAACUAUUUUUUCUCUAUUGUUUCUAUUACCAUGAUUCAGACACCGACAAUCAAUGCUUCUUGUCAACCUGUGAUAAUGCAGCAAGACAUGACAACCAUAAUGUUGCCUGGCACUUCAACCAACGCUGUUUACUAUGGGAACAUGGAUUAUACUAACAAUUUGACCGCCAACAACAAUGUAAACCAUUAUAACGAGGCUCAAGGCUCUGAAGAAUCCAAUGAUAUCGUGAGUCAAGGUGCAUCACAACAAUCUAAAAAAGGUUCAAAAGCUAGUAAUGUUUUACCUUUCUGGGGAAAUGAGAGGACUAUGAAUCUAAAUACUUUACUUUUAACCAAUAUUAAAAACAGUCCCUACUUCAAGGUCAAUCUGUACUCUUUGAAAACUUACCAUGAAGUUAUCGAUGAAAUCUGGAAUCAAGUAAAGCAUAUGGAGCCAUGGGAAAAAGGAUCUCGACGGGUGAGUGGCCAAACUGGAAUGUGUGGAUCCGUUCGUGGAGUCGGGGCUGGCGGUAUUGUUUCUACUCCCUUUUGUAUUCUUUAUAAAUUGUAUACCCUUCGUUUAACUAGAAAACAAUUGAUGGGCCUUAUAAAGCAUAAGGACUCGCCUUUCAUUCGAGCACUUGGAUUCAUGUACAUACGAUAUACUCAACCACCUUCAUCUUUUUGGGAAUGGUUAUCUCCUUAUCUUGACGAUAGCGAAGAGUUUGAUGCCAAAGCUGGUGGUGGACAAAAAAUGACAAUCGGGCAAAUGUGUAGGCAUCUUUUGGUUAAACUUGAGUGGUUUUCAACUUUAUUUCCAAGAAUUCCUGUUCCAAUACAAAAAGAAAUUGAGACCAAACUUAACGAAUACGACAAUGGUAAUUGGGGUGAUGGAGGAAACAAUUACGAGGAUAACGAAACAUAUGAAGGAGGAGGAGAAGAAAUGGUUGAAGAAGGACCAAAAUAUUACGACAAUGAUAAUAGCAAGCCAGCUCGAUCUUACGAAGAAGAUGAUGAUUACAAUAGUCGUGAUAGGAAAAUCAAAUAUAAAUCCGAAAGGAAAAUGAAUCAUCGUUACAGAAGCCGCUCUCGAAGUAGAGAAGACUCUUCCAGGAAAAGUUUCGAUGAAACCAGAGGUAGAUCUCGUGCCUAUCAAAGAGAUUCUCCUAGUGAUAGAGUUAAAGAAAGAUCAUAUGACAGAGUGAGAGAUAGAUCAUUAGAUAAAUACCGACUUAAAUCUCCAAAAAGAUCACCUGAUAGAUCUCAAGUUCGAUCGAGAGAUCGUUCUAGAGAUCGAUCUUUUGAUCGAUCAAGAGACCGAUCAAAUGAUAGACGAAAACGUCAUCGUUCCCAUCGAUCUCCUAACGAUAAGAAAAGGUCUCGUGAACAUAAACAUAAAAGGCGACAUUAAAUAUUUUUGUAAUCUCAAAUCCAAUUGUAAUUUAACGCCAAUCACUUCAUAGUAUCUCAUCAGAUUGCUUAAAUGUACAAAAUCAUUACUCACGGAAUGAAAUAAACACCAAUUACAAUUUGAA